AUAAUCAAAAAUGGGCCUGCACCUCAAAAACUGCUUGUAGUUAUUCAACUACUUUAAGGUUGGGAACAUGGCUAGCUAACUCCAGACUAUCUCUAGCUCAAAUUGCUAAAAUCAUGUUUUGUUGGUCUCAUAAACUGCCCCAAAAAUUUGCUGUUGUUGAAGCUGAGAUUGUUGAAAUUGAUAAAAGCAAAUUUGGUAAGCGUAAAUAUAAUAAAGGAAAAAGAGUGGAAGGGCAGUGGGUUUUCGGAGGGGUUGAAGAGAUUCAGACAAAAUAUUUUUGGUAUCAGUGUCUGAUCUCGGCAUAUCAGACGGAUAAUUUUGAAAA